GAGAGGACUUUAAAUCCCGGCGAUCACACGCGCCGUGUUGCUUUCCGGUGGCGCGCGCGCGAGAGAGAGAGAGCGAGAGAGUGAGCGAGAGGAGAGGAGAGGAGGCGCGAGACCGUACGCACACACGCGGGACGGAUUGUGAGCGCUCGUGUGUCUCUCCUUGCAGAUUUGUUGUUGUUGUUUGUUUUUUGUUUGUUUGUUUGUUUGCUUGCCGGUGUGCGCCGCGUGCUCCGCGGAUGGGGCUCGCGAGCCGCCGCGCUGCGCUCCGCCAGGCGGGCCGAUGGUAGCGCGCGCGCCCCGCGCCGCACGGGACCAUGGUGGAGAGGAGCGGCAAGUUCCUGUUCGCCGUCGUCGGCUCGGCGCUCUUCAUGCUCAUCCUCUACCAGUACGCGGCUCCCGGCGCCGUGACGGCCGGCUUCGGCUUGCCGCGCGCCUACGCGCCCGAGGACGCCGACGACGCCGACGCGUUCCCGACGCCCGACCCGCACUACGUCAAGAAGUACUACUUCCCCGCGCGCGACCUCGAGCGCGCCGUGGACUUCCAGAUCAAGGGCGACGACGUGCUCGUGUUCCUGCACAUCCAGAAGACCGGCGGCACCACCUUCGGCCGACACCUCGUGCAGAACGUGCGGCUCGAGCUGCCCUGCGACUGCCGACCCGGACAGAAGAAGUGCACGUGCUACCGGCCCAACCGCAAGGAGACCUGGCUGUUCUCGCGCUUUUCCACGGGCUGGAGCUGCGGGCUGCACGCGGACUGGACCGAGCUCACCAACUGCGUGCCCGGGGUGAUCAAUAAGAAGGAGAGCAAAGUGAAGAGCCAAAGGAAGUUCUACUACAUCACGCUACUGAGAGACCCCGUGUCACGCUACCUCAGCGAGUGGCGACACGUCCAGCGAGGCGCCACCUGGAAGACAUCGCUGCACAUGUGUGAUGGACGCACGCCGACCCCAGAGGAGCUUCCUCCCUGCUAUGAAGGCACAGACUGGUCAGGCUGUACCUUGCAGCAGUUUAUGGAGUGCCCGUACAACCUGGCCAACAACCGGCAAGUGCGCAUGCUGGCCGAUCUCAGCCUGGUGGGCUGCUACAACAUGUCCUUCAUCCCCGAGAAGAAGCGUGCACAGAUUCUGCUGGAGUCCGCCAAGAAAAACCUACGUGACAUGGCUUUCUUUGGUUUGACCGAAUUUCAGCGCAAGACCCAGUACCUUUUCGAGCGUACCUUUCACCUCAAGUUUAUCCGACCGUUUGUGCAGUACAACAGCACGCGUGCAGCCGGUGUUGACCUGGACAAUGACACCAUCCAGCGCAUUGAGGAGCUUAACGAGCUGGACGUGCAGCUCUACGACUAUGCACGUGACCUUUUCCAGCAACGUUAUAUGUAUAAGAGGCAAUUGGAAAGGCGUGAGCAGAGGUUGAAGAACCUUCGACGCUCAACUGGCUCUAUAGGUUCUCCCAUGUCCCGGGAUGACCCAGGUGACUCAGAAUCUUCACGGUUGUCUACGGAAGACUACAUGAACCAUAUUAUUAAUCGCUGGUAGCACGAUUGGAGGAAACUGAGGUGUGGAAUUUGGAGACAUGAGAAAGGUGGUGCCUACCUCUGUGUCGGUAACUGGAGUUCUCAUAGUUCCUAGAUUGUGAGCUACUGAACCUUACCGGGAAGACUUGGCAUCCAGUAUGCUCUUUGUGCUUUGAUCAUGCCUAGAAUGAUGUAAGGCUAAAAACCUUCAUGACUUAAAGCACUCAGCCCACCUCAGAAUUAAAAAAAUAAUUUUCUGGGCUAAAUAACUCAUUAAUGCUAAAGACUACAAGAAUUCUGCGCAAGGAAUACCUUAAAAGAAUGAUCAAGUGAACACUGUAAAGUUAUUUGCCUAAAUGUCUGCUGCCAUUUUAGCCAUGGUUUUAAAACAAAGAUGUUCCAUCAUUCCAUAAUAGUUUGGAUGUUUUCUUUUCUUUUCAGGGUAAUUAUGUUCCCACCUCGUACAAGAGGUGUUUUUAAAGCACUGAGACCAACUAUGCUGCCUAAAGUCUAUUGUAUGCAAUUUUUGAGCUUUGCUUUUAGUCAUCAUUCAAAAAAAAAAAUGCUGAGAAGGAUUGUUUAAUUUUAUUCUGUCGUUAUGUUCGUUUUUAUGAUCAGAUAUGUGUUCACCAUAGCCAUUAUUUAAACCUACAGUAUACUGUUGUACGGAGUUAAGUUAACUAAAGGAGAAAGCUAAGUCUGCACUCCCAGGUUGGUUGUCAAAUACCUUAUAUGACCUUACAGUAUAUCAAUCAGGGGGAAAAAAGUGGGUUUACCUAGCACAGGUUCACACUGGACACAGCUUGCCAUCACCCACCAGCUGGAAGUCAUGCUUUUUCAAUAAAAGUUGGUAAUUCAAGAUAGCAACAAGAUGCAAAGUGACCUUUUGCGACUUUGAGUGGGCAGGCCAGGACAAGCAAUACAAGAAAAAGGAUUAAAAAAGAUACCAAGGUAGAAAGCAAAGCAUUUUGAUGACUACCAAUGGGAGCAAGAGAUCAGGGUAUACUUGCCCCACAGUUAUCCAAGUUUUUGGUGCCUGGUUGCAGUUUCCAAACCGAUCAUUGGCUCUCACUUUCCUGAGAUUUAUAAGUGUUAUCAAUUCAAAUAGAAUUUGUAUAGACAAUAGACACUGUCACGAUGCAGCUUCACAGAAAUCCAGAUGCAGCGCUAGACUCAUAGACCAGGCAAGCCACAAGCAAAACUGACAAGGAAAAAUUAUCCUGAAAACUCAUGUGUAAGAAACCUUCAAAGGAGCAAGGGCCUUGAUUUUCUUCUAAGUGACACUGGGUAGUGUGAUUUUAUUUAAAAUUAUUGCAUCAUACAAGUAAAGAACAGUUUGGUCCUCGUACUAACAGUACUAAGGCUACAUUCACAUUACAAGCCACAGUGUACAAUAAUUUUUUUUUGGGUCAGGUCAUAUUUACAGAUCAUGACGGUUCACGCUUAUUAUUACGAGUGACUUCAUCAUCUGAAACGGCACGCAUAAGCACAUCGAUAUUUCUUUGCUCUGCCAUGUGGGUUGAAACACGUCAUGAGUUUCCGUGACCGCUAGUUCUUUUAAAACAAUGGAUAUGAUUUUAUCAAAAAUAUGCUUGGGGUUUUGCUUUGGAGGAUAGCAAGGAGUCAGUCAGCUGAAUUUGUUAAGGUCCAAAGUAAGGAAGAAAGCCUUUAGCCUUUAGUUAUUCAGCAUCUAUUGCUAGCACUGCUAUGAAACCUGCGCUAAGUGAUGAUGUCAGCAAGUGCCUCGCAUAUGCGCAGAGGCAAAGAGUCGCAUGAAUUCUGAUCAGAUCAAUCAGACAGCCCUAAAGAAACUGAAUUUGCAUUACUUCAGGCUUGUAAUGUGAAUGUAGCAUAAGUGUUAUGAAACGAUGUUGAGAUGAGCACAAGACAGCCUUUUAAAACUAUUACAGCAGCAGAUUAGCAGCAGUGAUAAGCUCCAAAUUCUUUAUUAAUCGUCUUUAAAUUGGUGGUUUUGCAUACGUUCUGUAACUACUUAUGAAGUUUCUAUAGUUAUAGCGCACACUAGCCAGGCAGUAGCAGGGAAAGCGUAGCAAACGUCAGUAACUCAGGAUGUGAACGUCUAUUAACGACCAACACAGACAGUCUGAAUGCAGGGUUAAAGGAUACUGCUGAAUAUCUUCACGGAAGACAUCUUUCUUUAAAAGGGAAUCUACUGUAUUCUUUAUUUGAUUUUUCAACCUGUGAUAGGUCCUGCGUGUCAGGAUGGAAAGAGCACGCCUCAUCUUAGGCUUUACGGCAGUAUUACGGACUGUCGCGGAAAAAAAAAAUGCUUCGAAACACAAGUAAAAAAAGCAGACACGGCCUUUCUAAAUGUCAUCAUCGCUCUUCGUUCUUCUCGACUACUCAUUUUUUGUAUGUGAAAGAGUACGAAUGUGUCUAAUAUUUAUACAUUCUAUAUAGUGUGAAUGUCCACACCCUGGGUUUUCUUUUGUGUGUGAGUGUGCGUACUGUAUAUCAUGAUGUCUUGCCAAGGUCGGCAGGGCCUGAAGCUAACGUCAGUAUCACAAGCCUCCGCUAACUGCUCUCAUUCUAUCAACUACUGCACUUGACAACUGAAUCCGACCAAGCCUGAGGAAUGAAGCGGUGACUUUUGGGAAUGUGAGCUGGCCCACUGGAAAUCUAGUCGUCUCCAGGCUAGCAAAAGAAACAAUUAUCUGUCUGUUCAUUCCGCCUGACUACAAAAAAAAAGAAA